CAUUCGAUCAGAGAAAAGGUCGAUUUAUUUUUAGCCAUGUUGUCUUUUCAAGUAGUUGGUUUUGUUUUUUUGUUAUUCUGUGUCUGCGAUGUAUUUUCGCAUGGCAAUGAUAGUGGUUUAGAAGAAGAAAGUGCUCUUGGGCCUUCAAAUGAUAGCCAAUUGAUAUUUGCGCAUGUUAUCUAUCGUCAUGGUCAUCGAAAUACCAUCAGUUAUCCAGGACUGUAUCCAAAUGACCCAUAUAUUAAUGAAACUCAUUGGCCUGGUGGAUUUGGAGAGCUCACAAAUGAAGGUAAAAGACAACAUUUCAAAUUGGGACAAUAUUUCCGAAGAAGAUAUUACAAACUUCUUGGCGAUAAAUAUUCAUCGAAAAAGGUGUACGUGCGUUCGUCUAACACGGAUCGUACUUUGAUGUCGGCACUUGCCAAUUUAGCUGGCCUAUUUCCACCACACGCUGAAGAGAAAUGGAAUGAAGACAUUGCAUGGCAACCGAUUCCAGUUCACACAAUGCCUUUGAAUUUGGACUAUGCGUUGCGUGGGGCAGAGGAUUGUCCAAGAUAUUCUGCAGCUCUCGAGAAAUUCAAAAAUGAAUCACCAGAAUUGAAACGGCUUCUUAAAGAAAAUAAAGAAAAUAUCUUGUACUGGUCGAAAAUGUGCGGAUCGAAUUUAACCACCAUUGAAGAGAUUACCCAGUUAUAUGGGAUACUCAUUGUUCAAAAAGAACAUAAUAAAACACUUCCUGAUUGGGCACGAAAAGCAAUCGAAUCAAAUGGUGCUUUGGAGUCCAUUGCGUUUUUUAAAUAUCAAAUGAAAACGAGUACUAAAGAGUUGGCUCGACUGUGGUCAGGAUUUUUGAUUAAAGAAAUGUUUGAACGUUUCGCGCAAAAGAUAAACUCAACGUUGGAGCCAAAUCGUUCACUGUGGAUCUAUUCUGCUCACGAUUCGACAAUUAUUAGUCUUUUGAACAGCCUUGGAGUUGUUGAGCCACAUAAACCACCAUUUGCAUCGAGUGUACAUUUGGAAUUAUACAAAGUUGGCGAAAAAGAGCACUACAUUCAAAUCUUCUACAGAAAAUCGGGUGAAGAAAUCCUUCUGCCAUUGAAUAUACCGAAUUGUGGGGAAAGGUGUUCUCUGGAUCAAUUGUUUAAAUUGUAUUAUGAUAUUAUACCUAUUCGUGAUCAUGACACUGAAUGCCGUCUUCCCAAGUAGAUACGGCUGAAAAUGUUCAGUGAAUUUUAAAUGCAUACCUUUGUUGAGCGUGAAAUCGACUAAUCGAAAAGCCUAGCGAAAAGCAUAUAUAUCAAAUUUAGUUCCAAUUAAUGAUAAAGUUCAGUACAUACUCAAUAUGUGUAUUCAUUUAUUCGAAUAAAUUUUCAGUAAAGAGAUAA